GUCAUCUAGGUGGCCGCCACCCUCGCCUCGCAGGCACACGCACACACGCUCGGGUGGGAGAGGAGCUGCCAGCUCAGCCCGGUGGCCUGGGAUGAGGUGGUAGAAGUCGCCGGGGAGCGAGGGCCCGGGCCGGCCCACAGGAACACCGGCCAUGGUAUCUCUGGGGCUGCAGCUGGUGGGCUACGCCAUGGGGCUGGUCGGGCUGCUGGGCACCGUGAUAGCCAUGCUGCUGCCCAACUGGAGGACCAGCUCCUACAUCGGGGCCAGCAUCGUGACGGCCGUGGGCUACUCCAAGGGACUGUGGAUGGAGUGUGCCACCCACAGCACGGGCAUCACCCAGUGCGAUAUCUACAGCACCCUACUGGGCCUGCCUGCCGACGUCCAGGCGGCCCAGGCCCUGAUGGUCACCUCCAGCGCCAUCUCCUCCCUGGCCUGCCUCGUCUCUGUGGCGGGCUUGCGUUGCACGGUCUUCUCCCAGGAUUCCCCGGCCAAGGACUGGGUGGCCGUGGCCGGGGGGGCGCUCUUCUUUCUCGGGGGGCUCCUGGGUUUCAUCCCCGUCACCUGGAACCUCCACAGCAUCCUCAGGGACUUCUACUCACCGCUGGUGCCCGAGAGCCUGAAGUACGAGAUUGGGGAGGCGCUGUACCUGGGCAUCAUCGCCUCGCUGCUCUCCAUGGGGGGCGGUGCCAUCCUGUGCUGCUCCUGUCCAUCCCUGAGGGGUCACGCCGUCGCCUACCACAGAGCGGGCCAGGCCCAGUCAGCGCGUACCCGGAGCUCACUGCGCCCCAGCCAGGCCCCGAAGCCCAAAGGUGAAUUCAAUUCCUACAGCCUCACGGGCUACGUCUGAGGAAGGGCGGCCUCGACCGGGGAGAGGGCAGGGUCCCGGGCUCCAUCCGGGUUGCUGCCUCCUUUACCCCCCCGACCCCGCAGCAGACAGACAGUGUCGCUGGAGAGGGAAAGGUGUGUCAGUACACCGGCCAGCCGGUCUCCAGCAACACUUCAGGAAGGACUGACCAGCUGGACUUUCCUGGUUGGCCGCCCACUUCGCCCAGCCGGAUCCCUGUUGCUGCCUCAGCCUGCAGCCCACCGGGCCCUUGAGGAGGCUUCUCCCAUGCUGGGGUGGUCUUCUCUGGCCCGUCGUGGGGACGGGCCAGGCGGCCCUGGGCCGGGACCACAUGGCUAGGAACUCCGGGACAGGGGCGGUGCCUGCCUGCUUCAGAAUGAAGUUUGCAGCCUGGCUCACCCUCCGCGGGCAGCCGGCCAGAGGGCAAGGACAGAGGGUGAAGCCUUGAGCGGGGCAACUGGCCCCUGGCCACGACCAGCCCUCGGGCACUGGAGCUUGCAGACGCAUGGGCCCGGGAACCAGGGUGUGUAUGCAAGGAGGUGGGGUGGGGGGAGUGUAGGGGGACACGAUUGAAGGAACAGAUCGGGGCUGGGGAGUGGGAGGCCUGGGGUUGGGGGUGGCGGAGAAGAGGAGCAAGUGUGCAGAUGUGAAUAAGGAGGGGGUGGAGGGUCUCAGGUCUGGGAAACUUUCCUUAAGAAUUUCUGGCAGGAAGAACCAGCACUCUGGAGGAGCGAAGCAGACAGGCAUCGGGGCAGCAAGCAGAGAGACCGGUCGUAGUUACUUCUCUAGAAAGGCGUAAUCUCAUCUUGGCCUUUCCUCUCCCCGGCCUGGGCCAUGAACUUACUCUAUUGUCCUCUGCCAAGCGUUUAGUAGUGCCCUGCAAACAGUAAGCACUCAAUAAAUACUUUUACUGAUUGAUUGAUUGAUUGAUUGAUGAGCUUUGGUCUGGGCCAGGAGCCUUGUCCCUUCUUUGGCCGCGGGCCCUCCUGCAGGCAUGUCUCAACCCUCAUCUGCCCUGUUCAUGGCACUGCCUGCAGGGCUGCAGGGCCCUGGGGGAGUCCCAAAAGAGCUCUGGGGGAGCUCUGGGGUGCUCUGCAUAAGCCCCAAGGCCCUGGCAAUUCCCGCCAGAUCAGGGAACAUGAGAGAAAACCGGUUUUUAGAAAGAUAUCAUCCUGCUGUGGAGGCACUGCAUGGGUGUCAGGGCGGCAGAGACCCCUGGAGGCAAUAAAAUACCUGUCAAACA